ACCUUUAAACGGGUCCGCUGUCAGAGAGACGCGGAGCGACCGUGUCCGCCGCCGGCCGUCUCCGACUGUCCGCCUCCCGAGCUCCAUCAUGCAGCGCGGCCCCACGCCGAGGACUUCGCCCGUGUUCGUCGUCUCCAAGAGAAGAGCCUCCCUGAUGACCGACGGCCCCGCCCCCGAAAACUUCGCCGAGACGCUGCCGCCGGAAAUGAGCGCGAGGAUCUUCGGCGAGCUGGACGCCGGGAGUCUGUGCAGCGCCUCGCGCACCUGCAGGCUGUGGCGCCGCAUCAUCGAGGAGAGCGACCAGGUGUGGAGGAGGCCGUGUCUGCGGGUCGCGGCCACCUGUCGGAGGGAAGUGGACGGCGACAGGAGAGACGGCCUGUCCUGGAAGGUCACGCUGGUGAAGAACUACAGCCGCAGCCGUCUGAAGAGGGACUGGCUGAGAGGCCGCUACAGUCACGUGACAUCAGCGGGGGAGCUGAUUGGCUGGAAGAUGGUGCCGCUGGACGCCGAGACCUGGGGGGAGAUCCUGCAGGCCGAGCUGGACCGAUGACGUCACACUUAGGGUUUUAUUCGAAGCACCUCUGGCACUUUUGAGUGCCUUAUUAAAGCAACACUAUGUAACUUUUGGCACCUUAAAAUAACAGCUUGAAAAAAAUGGUGCCGCUACAAUGACUUUUAAUAUGACGAUUUGCGUCUCCGCUAUUGCCAUCGGGGGUCUGUGGGGAAAUAACUCCGCUAUGUAAGAUUCUGGAGCCGCCCGGUCCAUCCGGCGGAUGUACUCGACCUGCUUUCUGGCAGUGAUUACGCAAUGUCAUAUAGUGCCACUCCACGCUCGCAGCUCCAGUAUAAGGGGAGCUUUUUUAUGUAGCUUUUUGGUGUUGUCAACAAUCUUGUAUUCGAUCACACGUACUCCACAUUUGCAGUCCCCCAAAACAAAAGUAAAUGACUGCACGCGCACAUCCCCC